CGUAGUAUGUGGAGAGACACGGUACCGAUAGUUUCCUUGAUCCCUUACUAUGAAGUACGACGCGACGCAAACAAACAUUUUUAUGGAGUGAAAUUUGCCGCGAGCCCAAGAGAAAAUGAAUCGUCUCCAACAAGUGAACAACAUGCGGGCCGAUAACGCCUCAGCUCAAGAUAACAAACAAGAAAUGGUUCAUAUCGAUCAUAGGCCCAAAUUAAACCAUGAUGAAACAAAGUCAUCGAUUACUGAUUUAUUUCCUUGGAUAAUAGAAUUUAGAAAAAUGUGCAGACAUAUAUACAUGGAAAAAAGUAUGGCAUCUUUAAUGGAAGUUAUGCAAUUUUAUGCAAGAAAUGUAAGUAUGAGUGUAACUGAAUGUUACACAAGGCCUUUACGAGCUGCAAAAUUGAAGGAUUCUAUUAGUGAGACAUUACUAUUAUUUAUGUACAUAUAUCGUGAGCUUCCUGAGGAUUGCAAUAGAUCUAUUUAUUUAAAUAAUAUGUCAGAUUUAUUGGCAUUGUAUAUAGACAUGGAACUAAAAGCAUCUAAGAAAAGUAAAGAGGAACACAAGAAUAUCUCUGCGAGACUAAUUUCUUGCCUUUACAUUUAUUUAGAACAUUCCACGCAAUAUUUAUUAGACACUUUAAUAAAAAUACAAUUUAUGUGUCGUAAUUACCAUCAUAUUUUAGAUCCAAUAAUACGGAAAAUUAUGAAAAAUAUUCCUCCACAUCCAGAGUCGAGUACCAUGUAUGUUCGAUAUUUUCUUGUCUAUCGUUUAUGGAGAAAAGUUACUGGUGAUAUGAUAGUGAGAAAUCAAAUAACUGCUACUGCGUUUGCGUCUCUGGGGCCAGUGCCAUCCAUGUUUUCACCAUGUAUAUUAGAAGAAGUACUGCCAAAAGUGCCAAAGAGUCAACCAAAUUCUGUAAAAGCUCUAUUACAACUGAAAUUUGACGUUAAAAGACACUGUGAACUCUUUGUACGAUACUGUGGAGAAAAAGAAAAAGGUGAUGUGUAUCAGAAGAAGGACGAACCUGCAACCGCCAUUGAUUCGUCCAAUAGGAUUAAUUUACAAACGGUAUUUGUUGAAUAUCCGGAAGAUAUUGCUUGUAAAGAUAUAGAUUCUAUAGAAUAUAACAUAAAUUCAAUUAUAUCAGAUAAAAAUAAGCAAAAUGAAUCUAUUUCUUUGCUGAAAACUUUUAAAUCUAUAAAUUUGGAGCAAUCUAGUAGUUUUAAAUGUUUAGGAACCUUUUCGAGUAACGUUUCUACAAAGCAUGCUAUGCCUAAAACAAUUAAUUCGAAUAAGGGUCGUUCGCGAAAGAAGUGUAACAAGUCCAAUGAGAUUGUAAUAAUUGAUUUGACUACUGAUAUAGUAUUCGAGAAGUGUGUUAAGAGAAGAAAAUCUAGGAAGCUGGCAUGGUUAGAAGAAGCUAAGAAGAGAAUCGACUCGAAGAUCGUGAAAGCAUCACAGAAAGUUAGGAACAAGAAAAAUAAACAAGAAAGUAUUGAUACACAUUCAUCAAGGAUAGUCAGUCAUCAGUUACACGAUGUGUCCGAAUUGAUAUGUGUCACAGAUAAUAUUAUUGAGACGGAAAAUAUGAAAAAGACAACUCUUAUCGAAAUCAUUAACGAAACAACCUCUAAACUAUUCUCAAGAGAGACUGUUUCUUUGACUAAGGAGACCUCGUGUUCCAUUAGCAGUGAGGAUGUAGUUUUCAAAAUUAAAAGCAAUGAAGGUGUAGACGAUAGAAGUAAAAAACAAACUGUGAUCAAGCGACUGACAGAAACAGACACAUUCUCUGAGUUUGAUGCACAGAAAAGAGUUGAAAGUUUGAAAGCAGUCUGUGAUUUAGAAACAGAAUACCCGAGUGUAAAUAACACUACAAUAUGUACUCAGUACGAUUCCAAAGAUAGUACUGUUAAUUGUUCUAAUCUUAAUGUAAGUAACGAUAGACUAAGUAGAAGGGUUAUACCGUCAAUAAUAUAUGAAGAAACCUUUACGACUGACUACACGAUCAAUGUUGAAGAAGAAUUAAACGAUGAAUCACAUGAAACGAUUCGUACCAAUAUGACGGAGGAUAUUGAAGACGCUUUAAAGCGGGAUAAAUUUAAAAUAAAGUCACCAAAAUGUACAAACGUGGACAAUGCGGGAAAUAAUGAGUUUCUCGUGCAAACAGAAUUAGAAACUGUACGCGAAGCUAAACCGAGCAUCGUUGAUAUCAGAGAAUCUAUUUUCGGAUCUUGUUCUACGGAUAAGGAAAAUAUUUCUAAUAAAGUUAACGUAACAUGCCCGGAUGAAAAUAUUGACAUAAACAAUGCACACUUUAGGAACUCCGUGGACGGUAUGACAAAUGAUAAGAUGAUUGUUCCUAGUGGAUCCCAUUUAACGUUGGAAGAAACAUCAAGAAGGGAGUCUAAUGAAUUGUGUAAUAAAAAAAUGGAGGUGAAAGGGGUAUGCAACAUUGUUCAAAGCGAAUUCGUUGUUCAAGACUCUGAUUUGCAGGACAAUAUCGAUGGUCUCUCGCUGUUGGCUAGUGUUUCGCAGCAUGUAUCACACUUGAAACCCGAGUUUGUGGUAAAAUGCGAUCAGAUUAAGGUAAAGGACUACGCUUCGCUGAGGUAUGCCUGUUGUAGUCAGACUACCGACGACGAAGCUGAGAGAAGCGAUUCGUCCAACAUCGUUUCUCAAUUACUCAGAAACCAAUCAGCAGAAAUGGUCAACAAAAUUGUUGGAAUUUAUCCUGAAGAUGCACUGAAUAAGGUAGCAUUUCACAUAGAAGUGACAUCUAACGAUCUAGAGACCUAUAACGGUAAAACGAAUGUAAAAUACGAUAUUGAAUCGUCGAUACACAAUUUGGCGCCCAUAGAAAACAACACACAAACUGCUAAGGAGAACACAAAUGUUAUCUUAAACGGGGAGACGGUAGUUUUAUUACAGAAAUCACCUAACAGCAACCUGUACAUCAUAAACAAAGCAGUGGAGAACUCGAAGAACCAUAACGAUGAAGAAAUUUGUAGACUAAAGGAGAAGAACUGGGUGUCAUCUACCGAAGAUUGUGGACAGUUUGAAGCAGUCGCUUCUUUGGAUCACGUACCCUAUAAUACAGAGUUAGCAGCCUACAGCAAGGAAUUGCCAUACCAGGAGAACAAGUGUUCAGUGGGCCAAGGCAAAGGAAUCAAGAUGGAACUGGAAGAAAAUUUCUCGGAUAGUAAGUCGUAUUCCAAAAAGAUAACAAUCCCUACAGAUAUGAUCAAUUCGUCAAUUUAUCAAGAUGCGAAUGUUGUAAGCAAACCGAUAGAUAAGCUUAAGUCGAGUUUACCGUUCAGCAGACAAAACAUCAAACAGGAGUUCAACAGUAUCCCUAAUCACUUAACCAUUCCAGCUUCACAGCACCCCUUGCACAUUCCAACAACCCUGCCUUCGAUCUAUGGAAACACCGACUUAUGCAUACCAUAUCAUAAACAUUGCAACUCGAUGUCCUGCAGUUUGCAGAUCAACACGAAUACUCCUAUUCACCCUCACGCUAAAACAGCUGGCCCCUGCGAAAGAUCACAUUGUUCUUGUCUGAACUGUACAUAUGACUUCGUGGCACGUUAUAGACGACAGUACAUGCACCCCGCCACGGAGGGCCGUGUGUCCUGCAUCGAGGGCAGCCCAUACUUUCUUCCGAUGCCAGUACAAAACCCGGCCGUUCAAGAACAUGAAAGACAAAAAAGCGAAGCGAUGGAUAAAUUAUACGAUGAUCAGUUGUACCGGAAAGUGGAGAAUUCGCAGCCCGGCCCACUCGAGAAACUCGAUAACUUCGAGAUUGCGGAGAAACGGCUUAAAAAGGACGCAGAUAAUAUGCUACCGUUGAAGAAGAGGCUUAAGGCGCACGCCUUGGCGUACGGGGAGCUGUCGAUUAAAGCUGAAAAGGUGGAUAAUUAUCCAGCGGUGCCCAUGAUGUCCAUAGCUGCUUUAGAAACUUUGAACGGCACACAAAAUCGUGUUAAAUUCGAGCAUGAAUUGCCUCCGGUGGAGAAAGAUCAUGAUAGUUCAGUUUAUCAUUAUAGUUCAAACUCGGUGGGGAGGGAUUACUACAAAGAUAUCCAUGUUUCCGGCGCCCAUCAAAGCAUCGAGAAGCUAGAACUUAAAUUCCGAUCGGUAAACGAUCAACCGAAUCCAGUGUGCCAAGAUUCUUGUCUUCGGAGAUCAUUCAAGACCCCAGCGCAGAGGAAAGAAAUGAAUGUUUCGAACGGAACCACGUCGUUCAAGAGAUUGGGCACGGAAUCGAUAGAGCAGCAGCAGGAAACGUUGAAAACAGUGAAAAAAACUCGGUCGUCACCGCGGCAAACCAGAAGCUCAAAGAGAAACGUUCCUAAAGUAAAUUAUUCUUACACCGAUGUCGAUCCCGAAUGGAAUCCGUCCGGUGAGUCGAGGCGCAAACGCAGAAAGACUAGUCGAUGAUCAAUACCAGAAGACUCAUUGUUGUAAGAAGUGCUUCAACU